CCAUCACAUUCCCAAACCCUCCGUCGACCCCUCCUCCUCGAUCUACACCGGCGAUCGGCGGCGAGUGAUGGGGUGGGCGACGCGGUUCCUGGCGGCGGUGUGCUUCUUUGCUGCGGGUGUCCUCUUCGUCCCCGAGGCUCUCCUUGGUUCCCCCUCCGGCGCAGGCGCCGUCACCGCUGCCAAGCUGGCCCACGUCCUCUCCUUUGCCACUUCCUGGGGCGCCGCCCUCUGGGCCACCUUUAUCGGCGGCAUCAUCAUGUUCAAGAACCUGCCGAGGCACAUGUUCGGCAACUUGCAGAGCAAGAUGUUCCCGGCCUACUUCACGCUUAUCUCUGCCUGCGCAGCCAUCUCGGUCGCCACCUUCUCGCACCUCCACCCGUGGAAGACGGCGUCCACCGUGGAGCGCUACCAGCUUGGAUUCCUCCUAUCAGCGCUCGGUUGCAAUCUCUCCAACCUGCUAGUCUUCACCCCCAUGACAAUUGAGAUGAUGAAGAAGAGGCACAAGAUUGAGCGGGACCUGAGUAUCGGUGAGGAAGUGGGAUGGUCAAAGAAUCAGCAGGUGGCUAAAUCCAACCCCACCCUUGCUGCAAUGAACAAGAAGUUUGGGAUGAUCCACGGGCUGUCAUCACUGGCCAACAUCAUGUCGUUUGGUAGCUUGGCCAUGCACUCCUGGUACCUGGCCAGCAAGCUGGAGCUGUGAAGAGGAGCCAAGACGUCUUCCAUCUCCGCGUUCUUGUGAAUUUUAUCACUAUGGUGGUAAUGGUGCACGUCAGGUUGUCAGAUCGCUAGACUAAACUGUACGAUUGCGCUAUUGGCUUCACAAGAUAAUAAAUUGUACUCCUAGUUAAAAAAAGAAAUCCUGUGUUGCAUGGAGCUCCCAAACUAGUUAUUCAAAAUCAGAAUAAUUCAGCCAACAACGUGGUAUUUGUUGAUCUUU